AAAGGGACCGAUUUUUUAUAACUACAAUCACUUCUUCUUCCAAAAGUUACACUUUCUUACAUCAAUUAAUUUCUCUAUCUAUUAGCCAAUCAUGUCAAAUUCACCUUCUCUGAAAAUUGGCAUAGUUGGAUUUGGUUCCUUUGGUCAAUUUCUGGCAAAGACUAUGAUCAAACAAGGCCACACUCUAACUGCAACUUCAAGAACUGAUUACUCUCACACAUGUCUCCAAUUGGGCAUUCAAUUCUUCAGGGAUGUUGGAACAUUCAUUGAGGCUAACAAUGAUGUCAUACUCAUAUGCACAUCCAUUAUGUCUUUUACUAAGGUUCUCAGCUCUAUGCCACUUGCUUGUCUUAAGAAACCAACAACACUCUUUGUUGAUGUUCUUUCAGUCAAAGAACACCCAAGAGAAGUUUUAUUGCGGGUUCUGCCAGAGGAGUCGGAUAUACUCUGCACACACCCAAUGUUUGGACCAGAAAGUGGAAAGAAUGGGUGGAAAGAUCUCAAUUUUAUGUAUGAUAAAGUUAGAAUACACGAUGAAGCUACCUGCUCUAAUUUCCUCCAUAUUUUUGCUAGUGAGGGUUGUAAGAUGCUACAAAUGUCCUGUGAAGAGCAUGAUAAAAUAGCUGCAAAGAGCCAAUUUAUAACACACACUAUAGGCAGGACAUUGGCAGAAAUGGACAUUGAGUCCACACCUAUUGAUACAAAAGGCUUUCAAACACUUACUCAACUGAAGAACACCACCAUGAGAGAUAGUUUUGAUCUGUACAGUGGAUUGUUUGUACAUAACAGAUUCGCUAAGCAAGAGCUGGAAAACCUCCAACGUGCCUUGGACAGAGUUAAAGAGAUGCUGGUUCAAAGGAUGAGAGAGGAACUGGGUCCAGAAAAAGACUGAAUGUUGAUGCAUAAUAAUCUUGUUGACCAUGUUCAUUUAUAAAAUUAUGUUUUAUAAUUUUCCGUUCUCGCACUUCUUGGCCACUGAGCAAAAUAUCUACAGUAUGUUCAAAAUCAUCCAUUACUUGAUCAUUAUGGAUUAUUACAUUGAUAAUUGUAAAUGUUUCAGCUAUGGUAUGGCAUGAGAGUAUAGUAGAUAUGGGUCUUAACCCAAUAUAGUAGAUAAUUGUGCA